UGUUGGGAAUCCAAACAUAUGUGCUGUCCCUACUGCAAAACUUCCCUCCCAUAUAACCUUUUCCUAUGCAUCCCACUCUGCGUGGACUUGGAGUUUUGGGUUUGCAACUAGCUCGGUGCCCCUGAUGCACUCCAUCCCCUGGGAAUCUGCAAGCUGACAGCUGUGGGACAGGCGGGAAUGACUUCAGAGACAAGCACGUGUCUGCAGAGCCUGCAGAGGGGAUCUUUUUGUGGAAUUUACAGACUGUUUCAUGUGUCAAUAUGAGAGGAGCAUAAUUACCAGCUGAGAAACUGCAGGAAAUUAGCCAAGACUGAAUGGACGAAAUGGAAAAUAGAGAGAAGCGCAGAGGACACACACAUUUUAAAACAAUUACGGAGGUAUGUAUUCACAUGCUUGUGGGAGCCUGGGAAUACAUAAGAGAUCGUGACUGCAAAGGAAUGAAUUCACAGACCAGUCUAUGGGGAGCAUUUUUUUUCCCUGUGACUUCAAACUUCUCUCGGAGCUCACAGAGUUUUAGUCAGCUGGCAUGCAAUAGAGGUACGACUUCCCUAAGGAAACUCUUCCUCGACUUGCCGUGGAAAAGCUGCUGGGAGAAUCUGUGAGACAGAAGGCUGCAAGCAGAGGUGAUUCCUGCUCCUGCUUCUCCUCCAGCCACAGAGCAGAACCAUGAAACUGAACAUCAUCUUCUUGCUGGCAGUGGUGAACACAGGAGCCUUUAACUAUCAUCCCAUAGAGGGGACAUCCUGUGAAAUGGCAAACUCACAGGCAUUUUGCCACAACAAAGACCUCCACCGAAUCCCUCACGAGCUCCAUCUGAAUGUACAAAAUAGAUCAAACAAAAUAGAUCUGUCUGGAAAUCUGAUUCAAAGCGUCCCUGAAAUGCCAUUAUCAUUUUACACCUCGCUCCAGUAUUUGGAUUUAAGCUUCAACCGGAUAAGUUUCAUUACGUCUGGAGUGUUUGCACACAUGACGAGUUUGCUGGAAAUAAAUUUAGCCAAUAAUCAUUUAUAUGAGCUUGUUCAGAAUGUGACAGAGGGCAUUGGACUUUUGCCCAAGGUGGAAACAAUGGACUUGUCCCACAACAAUCUGUACAAUGGGAUGGCUGAGUAUUUCAUUAAUCAAGCUCCAACACUGCAGUAUCUUUCCUUGGCAGACAACAGUAUUGUAGUGAUAUCACACAAGAUGUUUCAGGGAUCCCCCAGUCUUGUGGAGAUAGAUCUUCAGAGAAAUAUCAUCAUGGAAAUAGAAGAAGGUGCUUUUGAGACUCUAGCAAACCUUUCCAAACUCAAUCUCUCCACAAAUUCAAUUACUUGCAUCUCUGAUUUCAAUCUCAGGCAGUUGGAGAUACUUGACCUUAGCAGGAAUAGCAUUGAGACCUUCAGCAUCACAAAGUCAAAUGAUGAAUAUAGUCUAAGAUAUCUGGAUCUUAGUGAAAAUAAAUUGCUCCACUUCCCAGUCUUCCCUCAGGUAAAUAGGCUGGUAACUCUGAAUUUAUCAAAUAAUUUAAUCCAGCUCACUGCUGAAUCCCCAUAUAAUAAAAUGGACUACAUGGAUGAUGAAUGGCUAGAUGCUUCUUUUCAUCUUCUUGAUCAGAAGCAAAGUAAAAAUACAAGUUCUCUUUAUUUAUCCCAACUUGUAUAUUUAGACUUAAGUUAUAAUGAAAUCAAAUCCAUUCCAGAUGGGUUCUUUGAGUCAAUGUUGUCCCUUCACACCCUUAAUCUCAGCAAAAACUGUCUUCAGGCAUUUGCAGUAAGUUAUGACAGCGCACUGAUCUCCCUAACUGUCCUUGACUUGAGCUACAAUGCUUUGCAGAACCUUCUCCUUGAUGCUGAUGCCUUGUCAAAUUUGAGGGAGUUUCAUAUUCAAAACAACAACCUUCAGACCCUGCAAUUCGACAUCUUUUCCAGUCUUCCUAGCCUCAGAUUUCUUAACCUACAGAGCAAUAAUAUCAGCCUUUGCAGCAUGUACUCAGGAUUAGCUAAGCAAAGACUUGCUGGAGAGGAAAGUGGCUGUGUGUCAUUUGUUAAUUCUCCUGCUCUCCAGUACUUGUACCUAGCAGACAACAUGCUGAACAUCUUACCAGCACACACCUUCUACAAGACCCCGCUGCUUGUCUUGGAUCUCUCCAUGAACCCUGGACUGAAAAUAGAACUUAAAGCACUAGCAGGACUGGAAAAGUCUCUGGAAUACUUGCAUUUACAUGGCAAUGGCCUGAUAGAUUUAAAUAUUGACUUGCCUUGUUUUAGUCACCUUAAGCAUUUAAACCUCUCUGAAAAUCAGCUGAACUGGCUGCCUAAGUGGAGCAGUGACUCUCCACUGGAAGUUCUAGACCUACGGAACAAUAGGUUCAGUACGUUACAGGACAGCAAUAUUUUAGCAUUAGAAAAUUCACUUAAAAACUUGUAUCUCACUGGGAACCCACUCAACUGCUGUGGAAACAUCUGGCUUUCAUCAAUGAUCCAGAACAAAAACGUCCAGAUCCCCAACGUGGAGCACUUAACAUGCCAGUACGUUCAGAGCUUUGGGUAUUGGGAAGAAAUGCACAUUGGGAACAUUAGACCAGAAGACUGUGAAAAAGAGGAUCUGAAGAAAAUCAACAUCCUCAUUAUAUUAACAUUUGUACUAGUUUUAUCUGUGAUCAUCAUUGGUGUGGGUUCAUUUUUUUGCUUCCGAAGGCAAAACUUUAACCAUCAAUUUAAAGCAUAGGAACACAAAAUGCCUUGAAAACUGAAGAAAUCAGGUGCUACCCUGGCACUGUGUAGGAAUGAAGGAUAAAAAUCUCAUCUUUGAGUUUUAACUGUGGAUUUUAAGAUGGUUUUGAGGUGUCCCUGAACUGCACCACUGUAGUGGUCUGGGUUGGAGGGACUGGAAGGAAAAUUUGCUCCGUUUUGCACUUGCUUCAUUCACAUGCAGAUCUGCUUAAAAGAUUACACAGUGUUAGAAGAGGCCACUGUAAAGUUCUGCUGUUGUUUUGAGAGAUGUGUAAUUUAAACCAGCUCAAAAGAAAAAGGCCUCUAAGGUCUUGAGAUCUGAGACUUUUCACUAAGCUCAGAUGAUGGCAUCAGCCAAUUAGGAAAUCCUUUCUCAAAAUUAUGUGCCUCCACAAGAUGUUUUGAUUUGGUCUGAGCUUUGCUUUUACCUAGCUGGUUAGCUCCUAACCCUUCUUAAACUGAAAUUAUACAAAGAUAUGCCAGAGUGGGUCAAAACACAAUCUUCACUCAGUGAAGUUGGUUGCAAAUUCCCCUUGAGUUCCAAAACAAUGAGAAUUUAGCUAAAAAAAAAAAAAAAAAAAGAAAACAAAACCUAAUUAUAGGUAGUGUCCAUUGUGCUCCUGUCUACUAUUUAGACAGCUGACCAUGGAAACCAAAGACCAUGUGGUAGGAACCUCUUUGGAUAUCUCCUUUCAUUUAUUGGGAUGUUGCUCCAGUCACUGGAGCAAGACAUGAGAGGUAGAUGAGAUCAAGAAAUCUCAAGCAUGAGACAGCUGCUGAUGUGUUACCAGAUCUGCUCAGAUCACAGGCCCACAGUUUAACUAAAAGAGGAGAAAUUGGCCUCUCACGUGCAAUACAUAUUUAACUGGGUAUAAUGUGAAGAAAUUAAUCUCUGGGGUGAACACUUUGCAAAAGAAGAAUCUUGGAGAAUGAAUUUCAACCAGCUAGAAUUGGACUGAAAUGCUUACGUUUCUAAGCAAAACUGAGGGAAGUUCACGGCAUACAGUUGAAUUCCAAUACAGAAGAAUAAUAUAUCUCUUUUUAAAGGUCAUGGAAAGAUACACUGCAAAAAGAUACCAUUGUGAAAUGAUACACAGGAAACUCAGUUGUGUGCCAUUGUUCAGAUCAGAUGUUCACUGUGUCACCCUAAAAAGGCAUUACAGUCUAGAGGAUGUGCUGUAAGAAAAGUUAUGCAGAUCCUCAUUCUGUGAUGGGUUUAACACAGCUAACAUGCUACAUUGAUGAAAGCUGACACUGACAUGUAUUUUGUUUUGUACCCUGACACAAAAUUCACCCUUUUGAAGUGAAUAAAAGCUCACCAGCAGUGGGAGCCUGACCUGCUAAUGGAGUGCAAUGGCUUCAAAAGGAACUAUAUCAGGUCUUCUGUUAAUGCCACGAACUGUACAUUAAGGCAUAUAACAGAAACAGAGGUCAAACCAAAACCUGUCCAGGUAAAUAACUCAAAUUGCUGCUUCAUUUCUGUUUCUUCAAGCUAGUGAAUGAAAAAAUUAACACACUACAAAAAGGUGUAUAAUUCUAUUUUUAAAGCAGCUACGUAAGAAACUGGCUGGUGGAUUUCACUGUGGAAUUUUGUAUAAUAAAAACAUAUUUGAAUUUUGUAAAAUGCACAGGGUUGUGAAUAUAUUAAAUCACCAGUUUGAAAUGCUCCACAGAUGAAAAGAAAAGCCUUCCUGUUUUUCCUAUGGUGUUCAGA